GAAAUAUUAUAUGAGUUGGUAGUGAAUUGGCAACAGUCGUUGAUCAAACUCACAAACACGUAGAAAAACAAACGCACUCACUUCUUUGGUAGCUCCGCCCCUCCAACUGACCUCACAAAGCUCUCUCUCACUUCAAAAACCCUCCCACUUCUCUCUUCUCUCUCCUCAACCCCCCACCAUUUCCAAACCCUCUCUCUCUCUCUCUCUCUCUCUCUCUCUCUCACAAAAUGCAAUCCUCACUCUCUCUUUCUCUCUCUCCCCCUUCUUCCAUUUCCAGAUCCGAUCGCACUGUCGUCGCCGACAACAUCUUCUUCGCCGGCUCCGGCUCCCUCGUGCCGCGCUCGCUUCGAUUCUGCGGCUUCAGAAGGGAAGUUUUCGGACUCCGAUCUUCCAAUUCAGCUCGGCUCGUUGCGAAGCAGAGGAACUUGAACAAGGUAUCGGCGUCGUUGUCUGGCAAUGGCUCCCCGUCGAAAGGAUUCGACUACGAUUUGGUUAUAAUUGGGGCCGGCGUUGGCGGUCACGGCGCCGCUCUCCAUGCUGUCGAGAAGGGCUUAAAAACUGCCAUCAUUGAGGGGGAUGUAGUUGGAGGAACAUGUGUAAAUCGAGGUUGUGUUCCUUCCAAAGCGCUCCUUGCUGUAAGUGGCCGCAUGCGGGAGCUUCAGAAUGAACAACACAUGAAGGCUUUUGGUUUACAGGUUGCAGCUGCUGGUUAUGACAGACAGGCGGUUGCUGAUCAUGCAAGUAAUCUUGCCUCAAAAAUACGAAGUAACUUGACCAAUUCAAUGAAAGCUCUUGGUGUUGAUAUAUUGACUGGUGUUGGUACAAUUUUGGGUCCACAAAAAGUGAAAUAUGGGGCAGACAACGUAAUAACUGCAAAAGACAUAAUCAUUGCUACUGGUUCAGUACCUCUUGUGCCGAAGGGAAUUGAAGUUGAUGGUAAGACUGUAAUAACCAGUGAUCAUGCACUCAAACUGGAAUCUGUUCCUGAAUGGAUUGCCAUCAUAGGAAGUGGUUAUAUUGGUCUUGAAUUCAGUGAUGUGUAUACAGCACUUGGAAGUGAGGUCACAUUUGUUGAAGCACUAGAUCAGCUUAUGCCUGGUUUUGAUCCUGAGAUUGGUAAACUGGCACAGCGGGUUCUUGUAAAUCCUCGAAAAAUUGAUUAUCACACUGGUGUAUUUGCAAGCAAGAUUACUCCAGCAAAGGAUGGAAAGCCUGUAAUGAUUGAGCUUAUUGAUGCUAAGACAAAGGAACCAAAGGAUACUCUUGAGGUGGAUGCUGCUCUCAUUGCGACUGGAAGGGCUCCACAUACAAAAGGGCUUGGCUUGGAAAAUAUCAAUGUAGAAACUCAACGUGGAUUUGUCCCUGUUGAUGAGCGCAUGCGUGUAAUCGAUGCAAAUGGAAAAUUGGUCCCUAACUUGUAUUGCAUUGGUGAUGCAAAUGGGAAAAUGAUGCUUGCUCAUGCUGCAAGUGCACAAGGAAUUUCUGUUGUUGAACAAGUCUGUGGGAAGGAUCAUGUGCUGAAUCAUUUGAGUAUCCCAGCGGCAUGCUUCACUCAUCCUGAAAUCAGUAUGGUUGGAUUAACAGAGCCUCAAGCAAGGGAAAAAGCUGAAAAAGAGGGAUUUGAAGUCAGUGUUGCCAAGACUAGUUUCAAAGCUAACACAAAAGCUCUUGCCGAAAAUGAAGGGGAAGGACUUGCUAAGUUGAUUUACAGACCUGACAAUGGAGAGAUUCUAGGAGUGCAUAUCUUUGGAUUGCAUGCUGCAGACCUCAUACAUGAAGCAUCCAAUGCAAUAGCUCUGGGAACCCGGAUACAAGACAUCAGGUAUGCUGUUCAUGCACAUCCAACAUUGUCUGAAGUACUUGAUGAGCUCUUCAAGUCAGCCAAGGUAAGGAGGAAAGCCUCCUUAGGUCCUGAACUGAGAUACUCUGUCAUUUUGCACUGGUUAAAGUUGACAGUUCUAGUUCUGUUGGUGAACCAGUUGCUGUCUAAGCUUCUCAGCAAGGUAUAAUUUAUUGAGAUGUAUAAUUUUGCUGGGAUUUCCAUACGAAGCUGCACAUUGUCUCUAAAGAUGAGAAGCAAAUUAGCACAGAAGCAUAACUAUAUUAGGAAGAGUAGUUUCUGCUUUUCUUGGUUUAUUGUUUCCUCAAUUUUGUGUCAUUCACAUUACAGAGGUUCCCAAUUUCUUUUUUUCGCAAUAGACUUGUAUGGGUAUAUUAGUUAUUGUUUGUUUAAGGGAUAUUUUACUCUCCAUAGUAUUUGAGUUGUUAAGUUUUUGUAAUGGGAGGAAAUGUUGUAUUUGAGAAAUAAAAAAAUUGAUAAUAAAACAAAAACAAGGUUGCUCGCUA